AUGUCUGAAUAUAUGGAUGACGUAGACCGCGAAUUCAUUAACUGUUUGUUCCCGAGCUACUUGCUGCAACAGCCUGUGGCUUAUGAUUUAUGGAUUUUAUAUUUGCAACAUAGAAAACUCUUUCACAAACUGAAGAACACUAACUUAAUCAACGCUGAUGAAAAUCCCACUGGCGUUGGAAUGGGCAGGACAAAGUUAACUGCUUUAACAAGGAAAGAAAUCUGGUCUAAAUUGAUGAAUUUGGGUGUUCUAGGCACAAUUUCGUUUGAAGCUGUCAACGACGAUUACCUGAUUCAAGUCUAUAAAUAUUUCUAUCCAGACGUUAAUGAUUUUACUUUGAGAUUUGGUGUUAAAGAUUCAAAUAAAAAUUCAGUGCGAGUUAUGAAAGCUUCCUCAGACAUGAGGAAAAAUGCUCAGGAACUAUUAGAACCCGUUUUAUCCGAACGUGAAAUGGCGCUUAACUCUAAUACCAGCCUGGAAAAUGACAGAAAUGACGAUGAUGAUGACGAUGAUGAUGAUGACGAUGAUGACGAUGACGAUGACGACGACGACGAUGAAUCCGAUCUGGAAAGCUUAGAAGGGGAAGUGGAUACUGACACGGACGAUAACAACGAAGGAGAUGGCUCUGACAAUCACGAGGAAGGUGGAGAAGAAGGAAGUAGAGGAGCUGAUGCUGAUGUGUCCAGUGCACAGCAGCGUGCCGAAAGGGUUGCGGACCCAUGGAUAUAUCAAAGAUCUAGAUCAGCUAUUAAUAUAGAAACAGAAUCAAGGAAUUUGUGGGAUACAUCUGACAAGAACAGUGGUCUACAAUACUACCCCCCUGAUCAGUCUCCAAGUUCUUCCUUUUCUUCUCCUAGAGUAUCGUCUGGUAACGACAAAAAUGACAAUGAGGCAACAAAUGUUUUGUCCAACAGUGGUAGCAAAAAGAAAAACUCAAUGAUCCCUGAUAUUUACAAAAUACUUGGGUACUUUUUACCUUCUAGAUGGCAAGCUCAACCAAAUAACAGCUUGCAGCUAUCUCAAGAUGGUAUUACUCAUUUACAACCUAAUCCUGAUUAUCACUCAUACAUGACUUAUGAAAGAUCAAGCGCUUCUUCUGCCUCUACCAGAAAUAGACUGAGAACCUCUUUUGAGAACUCUGGGAAAGUGGACUUUGCAGUCACUUGGGCAAAUAAGUCAUUGCCAGACAAUAAGUUAACUAUAUUCUAUUACGAGAUUAAAGUUCUCAGUGUAACGAGUACAGAGAGUGCUGAAAAUAGUAACAUUGUUAUCGGAUACAAGUUAGUAGAGAAUGAAUUAAUGGAAGCGACUACAAAAAAGAGUGUUUCUCGUUCAAGCGUGGCCGGUUCUAGUAGUAGCUUAGGUGGUAGUAAUAACAUGAGUUCCAAUAGAGUACCUUCUACUUCUUUCACUAUGGAAGGUACUCAAAGGCGUGAUUAUAUUUAUGAAGGGGGCGUUUCAGCCAUGUCUCUUAACGUGGAUGGUUCCAUAAAUAAGUGUCAGAAAUACGGAUUUGAUCUUAAUGUAUUUGGCUAUUGCGGAUUUGACGGUUUGAUAACUAAUUCUACAGAACAAUCUAAGGAAUAUGCUAAGCCUUUUGGUAGGGAUGACGUUAUUGGUUGUGGCAUAAAUUUUAUCGAUGGCUCAAUUUUUUUCACGAAGAAUGGUAUCCAUUUAGGUAACGCAUUCACCGACUUGAAUGAUCUAGAAUUCGUCCCAUAUGUGGCCUUACGACCUGGGAAUUCUAUCAAAACAAAUUUUGGGUUAAAUGAGGAUUUUGUAUUUGACAUUAUUGGAUAUCAAGAUAAAUGGAAGAGUUUGGCGUAUGAGCAUAUUUGUCGUGGACGCCAAAUGGACGUUUCAAUUGAAGAAUUCGACUCUGAUGAAAGUGAGGAAGAUGAAACUGAAAAUGGGCCUGAAGAAAAUAAAUCAACAAACGUUAAUGAAGAUUUGAUGGAUAUUGAUCAAGAGGAUGGUGCCGCUGGUAAUAAGGAUACAAAGAAGCUUAACGAUGAGAAGGACAACAAUCUGAAGUUUCUUUUGGGAGAAGAUAAUAGGUUUAUAGAUGGAAAGCUAGUUAGACCAGACGUGAACAAUAUUAACAACUUAAGCGUGGAUGACGGUUCAUUGCCUAAUACAUUAAACGUGAUGAUAAAUGAUUAUUUGAUCCACGAAGGAUUGGUGGAUGUUGCAAAGGGGUUUUUGAAAGAUUUGCAAAAAGAUGCGGUUAAUGUCAAUGGGCAACAUUCUGAAAGUAAAGAUGUUAUCAGGCACAAUGAAAGACAGAUCAUGAAAGAAGAACGUAUGGUAAAGAUAAGGCAAGAAUUAAGAUACUUGAUAAACAAAGGUCAAAUUAGCAAAUGCAUCAAUUAUAUCGAUAACGAAAUUCCAGAUCUGUUAAAAAAUAAUCUAGAAUUGGUAUUUGAGUUAAAACUAGCGAAUUAUCUGGUGAUGAUUAAAAAGAGUUCAUCCAAAGAUGAUGACGAAAUUGAAAAUUUAAUUUUGAAGGGUCAAGAAUUAUCUAAUGAAUUUAUCUACGAUACUAAAAUUCCACAAUCUUUGAGGGAUAGGUUUAGUGGACAAUUGAGUAAUGUCUCUGCAUUGUUAGCAUAUUCCAAUCCACUUGUGGAGGCACCAAAGGAGAUAUCAGGAUAUUUGAGUGACGAAUACUUACAAGAGAGAUUAUUUCAAGUUAGUAACAACACAAUACUAACAUUUUUACAUAAGGAUAGCGAAUGCGCAUUAGAGAAUGUAAUAUCAAACACUAGAGCUAUGCUUUCUACAUUACUUGAGUAUAACGCGUUCGGUUCAACCAACUCUUCAGAUCCAAGAUAUUACAAAGCUAUUAACUUCGACGAAGAUGUGUUGAAUUUAUGA